AUGGCGAAUAUGCUAAAAACAUUAGUGGCCUCCAAUAUACAUACUCAAGUAAUUCUUCAAAGUGCUUCAUUAAGUCAAAGUGAGCCACAAAAUCAAGGAAAGUUACCUUCACAACCUGUUAGGAAUCCAAGGGAAAACACUAAUGCCAUCACAUUAAGAGAUGGCAAGACUUAUGAUCCACCUACUAUUCCAUCAAGUUCAAACGAUGCACCAUUGUCUCUUACUCAACCCGCCCAACAAGACAAAGAUGAAACCCCAACCACAACACCCAAACCUAAACUAACUAUUCCCACUUAUGCCACUACUCCUCCAUUUCCUAGUCAUUUGAGAAAGACAAAGAAAGAUGAAGCUGAACAAGAAAUACUAGAGACUUUUCGCAAGGUUAAGGUAAACAUUACCUUACUUGAUGCCAUUAAACAAGUACCUCGAUAUGCAAAGUUUUUAAAGGAGUUAUGCACAAAUAAGAGGAAGCUAAAAGGGAAUGAAAAGUUGAGUGUGGGGGAAGAAGUUUCGUCAGUAAUUCAAAAGAAACUUCCACCAAAGUCUAAGGAUCUUGGAACCUUCACUAUUCCUUGCACUAUUGGAAAAACGGGGGUGAUCAUUCAAUUAGUGGAUCAUUCUAAUGCCUAUCCAAUGGGAGUAGUAGAGGAUGUAUUGGUUAAAGUAAAUGAAUUAGUGUUUCCUGCGGAUUUCUACAUUCUUGAUAUGGAGGAUGACUCAUUUCCAUGCUCUACACCAGUUUUAUUGGGAAGACCAUUUUUAAAGACAGCUAGAACCAAGAUAGAUGUUCAUGAGGGCACUUUGACUAUGGAUUUUGACGGUGAAGUGAUUCACUUUAAUAUUUUUGAGGUUAUGAUGUAUCCAAGUGAUGUUCAUUCAGUUUCUUCAAUUGAUAUUUUGGACUCAUUGUUACAAAGAAUUCUUGAUUUACAUGGAGAGGAUGGGUUAGAUGUUGUUUUGAGGGAACCAAUAGACUUGAAGAAAGGGGAUGUCACUGCUGAAGUAAAGGAGACUGUGGCUACACUUAAUAGUAGUGUAGAGGUUUCUAAAGAGGUACCAUUCUUAGAGUUGCCUAUUUCUCAUGAGUAG